CUCAUACAAGAAUCAUCCCUCUCAGUCAUUUUUUUUUUUUGCACUAGGAGUGUGUGUUGGUGUGUAUCUGCAGAGAUCCUGCCCUCUGCCUGGAUUCUCUUGUUUCGCUGAGCUCAGGACUUCUUCUCUGGGCGUCAGCCUUUGGGCAGCAGAUGCGUAGCCAAGAACAGAACUCAGCGCCAGAUCGAUAGCAUGACAUCUAAUAGGAAGCUACAGAAAUCACAGACGUGAACCGUGGAAAUAAAGCCAGAGUGAACCUGAGGUUGGCUUUCAUCCGCUGGUGAGCGCUGAAGGAGGAGAGGUUUGUUCCAGACUGCUGUGGCCCGUGAUAACAGAAGGUGAAGAUGGGGUCAGGAGAUUAGCGGCUGAGCAGGCCCAGUAUCUAAGGUGAAGAUUACUGCACUGCACUCACUGCUGUAAAAAAGCAAUCACGCUCAAUAGUCCUGAUAAACAGAGGAUAAAAAGUCUUGCAGCUGAAGGACACGGACUAGAGAAACGCAGGAGCCCCUUUCAUCAGGAUGGCCCUAGCUGCAGCCUCUCUCCUCCUCUUUGGUCUCCCCUCUGUCCUUAUCAUUUCUUUCUUGGCCAUUACUCGAGUUGUUUCCCGCUGCCAGAGCCCCAAGGAGCUGAAAGGGCGUGCUGUGUUGAUAACCGGCUGUGACAGCGGGUUUGGACACCACCUGGCCAAGCACCUGGACUCCAGGGGGGUUGUGGUCUUUGCCGGGUGUCUCUUUCCUGAAGGCCACGGGGCGCAGAGCUUGAAGAAAGACUGCUCCAGUAAUCUGAAGUUACUAAAACUAGACGUGACCAGCGAUGAGGAUGUGCAAAAAGCGAAGGAGGUGGUCCAAGCCAAUCUUCCAGAGAAAGGGCUCUGGGCAGUCGUGAACAAUGCCGGUAUCACUGACUGGGCAGAGAUUGAAUGGAGCACCACUGAUGAUUUUCAAAAAAUGGUUGAUGUCAACUUAUUUGGCUGUAUCAGGACCUCCAUUGCAUUUCUACCUAUGGUCCGUGCCUCAAAAGGCCGGAUGGUGUAUGUGUCGAGCAUCUUGUCCUUCUUCAACUGCCUCAACAUGGGAGCCUACAGUGUUUCCAAAAGAGGAAUGGAGGCGUUCGCAGAUUGCUUAAGAGUUGAGAUGGCCAGUUUCGGGGUCAAGGUCAGCAUCAUCCAGCCAGGCAACUUUGGCCCAGCUACGAAUAUCCUGAGGAGGAAAACUGGAUCAGACAUCUGGGAGAGACUGAGCGAUGAGCGCAAACAAAUGUUUAACAGACAGUACAUCGAUCUGGCCAGCGAGUACUUCAUGACGACCUGCAAUUCUGGCUUCACCAAUACCGAGAUGGUCACUGACGCGAUGGUGCACGCCAUCACCUCCUCGCACCCUAAAUACAGAUAUCUGCUCGUGUCCAAGCUGGACAUGUUCUUCUUCUAUGCUUUUCCUUACCUGCCCACCUUCCUCACGGACGCCAUCUUCACCCUCAGCCCCAUGUACCACAGGAGAAAAGCAAUGCUCUUCUCCAAAUAAACAAUGUCUGCUGAGUCACUAGUUUUCAUCACGUCUUGGGGCAGAACAUUUAUGAGCUCCUUCAUCAUUGAAGUGCCUCAGUGUCCUAAGAAACCUUGAAUUGUGUGACAGUGACUUUACCAAAUGUAUACCUUUCAUUAUAGUCUAAUGAUGAUGAUUGUAUUGCAAACUAGCCUAGAUGUUUUUAUAUGCGUGUGAGUAGAUUUUUAAUUAAACACAUUUAAACAUUUAAACAGAAUUUUUCAGUCAGUAUCAGUUUUAAUUAUUUAAUUAUUUUCAGUUGUUGUUGUUGUUGUU